AUGCUAGAAUCCCAGAACACUAUGAUGAACCAAUUGAAACAAUUAUUGGCUAGAGGGAAUGAUAAAGAGAAAAGCCUUGUAAUUGAUGCUAGGGGUGAUCACGAUGACCCUACUUAUCCUCUAGGUUUCACCCCAACUAACAUCCAAGCGCAACCAGAGGUGUACCCACAAAGGGUACCUGUUACCAUUAGACCUCAAUAUCAGACUGGUGCCUCGGUAACAGUGCAUUUUCAAACGGGCUCGGGUUCUAAUCCCGGGGAUAACCCUACCAAACCCGUGGUUCCUAAUCUAGAUGACGUAGCAGAGAUAGAGAAGGUAAGAAUAGACUUGCCAAAACAACUCGAGAAUCGAUGUAGAUGGCUAGAGGAAAAAUUUAGAGCCAUGGAGAACACCGACUAUCAUUGUAGAGUUGACGCCAAGGAUCUGAGUUUGGUCCCUGAUUUAGUGUUCCCGCCUAAGUUCAAGAUGCCAGAGUUCGAAAAAUACAACGGGACUAGUUGUCCUGAAGCUCAUAUCACUAUGUUCUGUCGAAGGAUAACAGGAUACGUCAAUAAUGAUCAAUUGUUAAUCCACUGCUUCCAGGACAGUUUGAUCGGGUUUGCAGCCAAGUGGUACAACUAG